AUGUCGGCUGUCGGCCCCGUCCGCCAACCAAUCGAUGUUGCGUCGCUGGAGAAAUACCUGAUAACCCACGUUCCACGAUGUUUUCGGGCACCUAUAACGCUUAAACAGUUCGGCUAUGGCCAAUCCAACCCAACGUACCUCCUCCUCAACGGCGACGGCCGAAAAUACGUUAUGCGAAAAAAGCCACCAGGAUCGCUUUUGUCGAAGACGGCUCAUGCGGUGGAGAGAGAAUAUAGAGUUCUCCAUUCUCUACAGGAUACACCGGUACCGACGCCGAGAGUACAUGUUCUCUGUGAGGAUUCGUCGGUUAUCGGGACCCCAUUUUACAUUAUGGAAUUUGUAAAGGGGCGUAUUUUUGAAAAUUAUGCAAUCCCAGACGUUAGUGCUUCUGACCGGAGGUUAAUCUGGAAAUCCGCAAUCCAAACCCUAGCCCUCCUUCACUCCGUCAACCCAAAUAACGUAAACCUCCAAAGCUAUGGAGCCCCUUCAAACUUCUAUCGCCGUCAGAUCUCCACUUGGACCAAAAUCCACGCUUCCCAAUCAGCCGCCAUAGACAUCGAAUCCAAAAAGCCCGUCGGCGAUCUCCCCCAUUUCCACGAAAUGCUUAAAUACUUUGGUGAAAACCUCCCAGAAGACAGAAACACAAUUGUCCACGGAGAUUUCAAGAUUGAUAAUUUGAUAUACCACCCUACGGAACCCAGAGUCAUUGGAAUAGUAGAUUGGGAAUUAUCAACACUCGGUCAUCCAUUAUCCGACCUCGCCAAUCUUUUGACCCCGUUUAGUUAUAUCAAUCCCGAAGUGACGGUGCCGGCUGAAUUCUCAGCUCAUAAAUAUAAUAACGACCUAAAAAAUUUGCCGGGAGUCCCUAGUCCAGCGGAGUUGUUGGGAUGGUAUAAGGAUAUCGCCGGGUGGGAUCCAACUCCGGAUAUGAACUUUGCAUUCGCGUUUACGUUGAUGAGGGGUAGUGCUAUUUUCCAUGGGAUUGCUGCAAGGUAUGCCAUGAGGGUUGCGAGCAGUGCUCAAGCUUACGAGAACGGAGAGAAGAGGUGGGGGUAUAGUGAGCUUGCGUGGGAAUAUACCAAGAAGUACGAGGAGGAAGUUGAGAGUAGAAAGAAAAUCGAGCCCAAGCUGUAG